AUGUCCAUACUUCUUUACCUUCUUCUCUUACCCCUAUUGAUUCUUGCAGUUUCGUCGACGCCCCACUGUCGAUGUCUCUCAUACCAGAGCUGUUGGCCCUCGGACAAUGAAUGGGCAGCGUUGAAUGACACCAUCCAGGGUAACCUGGUUGCCGUGCGACCCGUAGCCGCAGUUUGCCACAAGGGCGACUUCGAUGCGAAGGCCUGUAGCAUUGUCCAGAAGGAAUGGGCCAAUUCCACCUGGCGGGCGAGCGAGCCUGGUGCCGUGCAAUGGGAGAAUUGGGAGGCCUGGCCGGAGCGCCACCAGAGCUGCUAUGAAACGACACCGCGGGACACAGAAUGCGGCCAGGGUCGGAUCUCGCUAUACUCUGCGAAGGUCCAGACUGCCCAUCAAAUCGUACAGGCAGUCCAAUUCGCCAGCCGACAUAAUCUCCGGCUGGCCAUCAAGAACUCUGGUCAUGACUUCCUAGGCCGCUCGACCGCUCCGGAGUCAUUACAGAUCUUGACCUUUAAUAUGAAAGAUAUCCAGCUAGUCAACAACUUUAUACCCAAAGGUGCGAAAAAUAAAGGCGAAGGUCCGGCUGUUACGAUGGCUGCCGGCGUGAACCUUCCCGAACUUUAUGCCGCCGUAGCGCAGCACAACCGGAGUGUGAUCGGAGGAUCCUCGCACACUGUCGGCGCGGCGGGAGGAUAUAUCCAAGGUGGAGGACAUUCGCCCUUUGGGACGUGGAAGGGCAUGGCCUCGGACAAUGCGCUUGAGUUCGAGGUAGUGACGGCUAACGGCUCCAUCGUUACUGCCAACGACUACCAGAAUCAAGAUCUGUUCUGGGCACUGCGCGGUGGAGGCGGCGGAACGUUCGGCGUAGUGACUAGCGUCACCGUCCGCACAUUCCCUGAGGUGCCCGUGGUGGCCACCUACCUCAAUGUCUCAACUACGCUCGGCAAUCCCCAUUUCUGGGACGGCUUCAGGGAGUUCCAUGCCGCGCUCCCAGCCCUGAACGAUGCCGGCGCGUCUGGGUACUACUUCACCUUGCCGAAUUACCCCGUUGAUGCAAACACGAGCCUAUCCGCUAUGAUGGUUCUCUUGAUGUUCCCAGCGCAUAGUAACGUAAGUCAGAUCGACCAGCUCUAUGCUCCGCUGCGCUCAAAACUGCGAGAACUUCCCGGGGUUAUCAUGCAGUAUGAGUCUACGGUCCUUCCGAGCAUCUAUUCGAGCAUUGAGACCCUACUUUUAGGUGGUUCGAACUCAGACAGCACAGGCUCGAUAUCCGUGCUUGCUUCGCGACUGUACUCAAGAGAUCUUCUUAAGUCGGCAGAUGGACCCGAUCGACUCACUAAUGCAUGGCGCAGCAUUAGAACGGGACCUUACGAUCAGAUCAUCGGCCACGUGGUGGCAGGUGGCGCUGUCGCGUCGAAUGGGGACAAGAUCGAUAGCGCUCUCAAUCCCGCCUGGAGAAAGACGAUCGCCCACAUGCUCUUCUCGCGGAGUUGGUCGGUCAAUGCCACAUUAGCGCAGCAAACAGCAAUCAUCAAGAACAUGACCGACGUAGAAAUCCCGAUCUUGCGGUCUGUGGAGGGUGCGGACCAUAUGGGUGCCUAUGUGAAUGAGGCGAACGCCUACGAACCGGGGUUUCAGGUUUCGUUCUGGGGUAGCCAUUAUCCCCGUCUGUACAGUCUGAAGCAGAAGUGGGACCCAGCUGGCUUGUUCAUCUCGCGCAGAGGUGUCGGUAGUGAGGACUGGGAUGAUGCUGGUCUGUGUUGGAUAGGAAAAAAGACAGCACACUAG